AUGAGCCAAGGGUACCUGGAUAAUGCACAAUUGAACGAAGGCCUGGAGUUGAGCGAGAAAAAUAAUGCCACCAAAGAUAGCCUAGAAAAUCCGCAGAAUUCAUCCACAGCUACGGACACGGCCUGGAUCGCCGAUCUAGGACUCGGUCCUGUCGUUAUUGGGCAUCUUCUAGACAGGUUCCGCAGCAUGGGAUCCUAUUUUCCAUUCGUGCGGCUCUCAGAUGCCUGGACUGCUGCAUCAAUGGCUGAAGAUCGCCCAUUUCUAUUACUUGCGGCUGCUGCUGUUGCUUCUUCAAAUCACUGUCACCUUCAAGAUGCUCUGAUUAAACAGUUUAAGGAAUCCCUCAGUCAGCGUGUUCUCAUAGCUGGCGAGCAAGAUCUAGAUUUGCUCCAGGGAUUACUUGUCCACAUCGCCUGGUUCCACUUCGACUUUGUUCCAGGCAGUCAGCAAACCUACAAAUACUUACAAAUCGCAAUCAGCUUGGUAAUUGACCUUCGCCUCGACCAAGAGACUGCCGACUUGCUUGGGCAGCAAAUCGAGCUGGGUGACACGUAUAUCCGGGAAGCAUGUCGUGCUUAUUUAGGCUGCUAUUACAUGUCUAGCAUAAUAGCAAUGUCAUCGGGAAAGCCCAACAAUCUCCAAUUCCACCAAAACAUGCUUCAAUGCGCCAUGAUGCUGGAACAACAACCAGAGUUCGAGACAGACCUCUUAAUAUACCCAGUGAUGAAAGUGAUUCAAUUUGCCGGGGAAGUUUGCGAGACCUACCGAUCAGAAGGCAUCUGUGGGCCUCGGCUGUACAUUCAUGCUGAACGAUUCACGAUGCGGUUAGAAGAAUGGUGGUCUUCUUUAUCAGCGGAUCUUCGUAACGCGGUAUUGCCAAUCAACGGUUACUACGCAGUCAAGAUUCGGAUUCAAGAAAUGGGCUUGGUUUAUUGCUAUGGGCAGAGAAGGCCUCCAUCUCCAAAGGAACAGGAAGAUUCCACCAUGUUAUCUGCACAUCCAAUGGUCAUCAGCAAUUUGAUCAAAUGCGUCAAUUCUGCGAAAGAAUAUCUCGAUUAUUUUUUCACCCUUCCCACUGCAGAGCUCCACAGCCUGCCAUUUUCCGCAUGGUAUCAGCUUAUUUUGACAGUGUUCGUGCUCUACAGGUUGUCCGUUGGGCUACCGGAAGUGCCCGAAUGGAACGUGGAGAUCGCACAGCACACUGUUGAUCUACAAGAUUACCUUGAUACACUGUUGACUCAUCUACAGACUCUUAAGCCAUCGACAGAUAGGCAAGUACCUACAAAAAGCCUCUUUUCAAAGCUGCCCGAGAUCAUAGGAAGUGUAAAAACUUCCUAUACAUCAGCAAAAGAGAACACCACGCAGGAUCGCGAUAGUCGAAAGGCCCAUCACGAGCUUCUGGUAUCGAUUAGCAAAGCCUCAUCUAUGCAAAAUCUGCACCGCUGCCCUGCAUUGCGGUAUUCGAGCCGUCAUGUUGCUCGGCCUCCGGAUCAACCUAUGCUACAAAGUGCUAUUGCCACAGAAGUCCAGAGGAUAGAAUAUGAGCAGCUUUGGGACGAUGUAUUGUUGAUGGAUACUUUCCCUAUCACGACAGAUUCAUCAUCUACCGGUUUCUGA